GUUCUAUUGUUAUUGUUACUUGGCAGUGAUUCUGCAGGAAGAUCACUGAUAGGAUCACAGUGAUAACUGUGUGAUUGGAGUUUUCUUAUCACACAGUUUCUUAUCUACUAACUAUCACACAGUUAGUAGAGUUUUCUCUACUUUGAUUACCUUUAACAGUCUAAAGCCUGUAGCUUAGUUUAAGUGGACACCAUGAAUGGAGAUGAAUGCAUGAAUGAACAAUUACACAUGUUUUAUUUGUACCUGCACCGUUAACUUCCUCAACAUUUCAGUUCACCCUCAUGUGUACCCCAUCCCUCAUCACACAGCCAGGUGCCCUUUGACCCCCGCCCUCACACCCCUCCCACCACCACACCCAGUGGAGAGCGGUGUAGGAGCCAGUGAAGUUACAGUUACAGUUACAGCAGUGUGCUGGUAUUUCUGCCAGACUGCAGCUCAUCGAAACCCCCUGCGCGCAGCAGCAGAUUAUCGGACCAAACCAUUGCGGCAGUUUUCAGGUUUUAACACUUGUCACAUGAGCCUUUACAUCUGCAAACGAGCGGCUGCCACUGCAGGUGCCUGUGUGUACUCCACCGUUCCGCUCACGGACGUUGGGCGCAGGCGUCUUGGUGGAGGUGCCCGGGACUAGCUUCCAGAGAGAGGAGCCGCUGAACUGCACCGACUCCCCCAUUGUGCGCCUGGCAGCAUCAUUCACUGCCUGCAAUGGCGAUGUAGCGGCACCAGUGUUUCUGAGCGUUUCUGAAGUGGCGACUCCGUCCUGGGCUGUUGAGGAGUCGGUGUUGGCGAUGCUAUUGUUCCCGAGGCUGUGCAGCCAGAGCUUCUUCAUUCACCACCGGUGGAUUUUACUGUUUAUUUCCGUCGCGCGUCCAGCGAAACCACCGAUGUGUGAAUGGACUGAUUAUAAACAGCCCUGCAGUAGAUCAAUAAGCUAAACGCUGUACUCUUUUUGGUGAGACCACAGACAUGUUCACAUCGCCUCCUGAUCCAAAGCCAUCAUCAUGUUGAAGACUGAGGCCUCGGGGGAGAGGACCAGCCUCCGGAGUAACUCCCCUCAUCGCAAUGCCUACCGGGCUGAGUUUCAGGCCCUCAAGAGAGCCUUUGACCAGCCGAGGGUUGAUAGAGACUCAAAGCCUAAAGAUCUAGAACGGGUGAAACAACCAAGGGGUCGCCAGUAUGGCACCCACGUCAGCCGCAUUAAGGACAUGUUCAUGCAGAUGGGCUCAGAAAACUCUGCAUCCAAGCUAAAGGGGCGAGAUGAUUCUUCACCCCAAAAGCUGAUGAAACCCACCAACUUCGUCAAUAAGACGGAUGGAUCGGUGAUAAAACUCCAGCAUUCCUUAUCUGCUGAUAGGGUGGGCCCUGCUGGAGCAAAGGUCUCUGAAACCAGAAGGCUUUUUGAACAGCAGUCACGUGACCAGUCCCAGUCACCAGUCUUUUCUUGUGGACGUGAUAAAAGAGGUUCCCAUGAGCACCUCGACGACUGGCGAGGAGCGAGGUCGAAUCGAGGCAGUACAGAUUCCUUGGACUCACUUUGCUCCAGAACAGAGGCGUCCUCACCAACUGUCAGUCAACUCAGUGCUGUGUUUGAAAAUGUGGACCAGCACAAUCAGAGCGCACCCCACAGAGGAAUCAGCAGACGAACGCUCUACUCACCGGAUGGAUUUAGCCGCCAUGGAGGCGAUCUCAGCGAGGACGAGUCACGUCAGUCUCCAGUCCGUGGAAGCUACCGAAGCAGGAUAGGUGGGAAGUUCCCCACAUCCUUGUCCUCUGAUGACCUCUUGACCUCCAGCCCUAGAACAGAUUCGGUGGAGCUGAGACAAAGUUUUCAAGAGCGGGGUGUCGAUGAUGAAGCAGAAAAUGUGGGAGAUAAACCCCAACUUUCUGAGGGACACACAAAUGGAAACCAGGUAAAUGGUUCCCUUGAAGAAGAGGAAAAACCUCCUGAAACCAGACGACAUUCCGAGGAUCCCACAGAAGAUGCUGUGAUUACCAACAAAGUCUUUAAUGAUGCCACUCCAGAGGCCCUGCCACCAACGACAACAUCGGCUCAAAGCCAGCAGGAUGGAGAUGGUUCUAAAAAAGACAAGCCCUCUGAAGCUCCUAAAGACCAAGACCCUGAUGAGGAAUACACUGGAAAAGAGCGGGUGAUUUUUAAUGCGGAUGGUGAUGCUUGUUACCAGGGCUGGGGCGAAAGCUGUACCGAUCCUGAGGAUGAUCUCUACGGAGAUGACGAGGACAUCGUCUAUGACCCUGGCUCUGACCUGACAGAGAUUCCUGGUCUGCCCGAGGAAGACAAAGAGGACGUCCCUCCAAAGAGAAAGAUUCGCUUCAGCACUGCCCCGAUUACGGUAUUCAACACUUACUCCAACGAAGACUACGACCGACGUAACGAGGAGGUGGAUCCCGUGGCAUCCUCCGCUGAGUAUGAACUGGAAAAGAGGGUGGAGAAACUGGAACUCUUCCCUGUGGAGCUGGAAAAAGAUGACGACGGCCUUGGGAUCAGCAUUAUAGGAAUGGGCGUCGGCGCUGACGCAGGGUUGGAGAAACUGGGCAUCUUCGUCAAGACUGUGAUCGAGGGCGGAGCUGCUGAGAGAGACGGCAGGAUAAAGGUGAACGACCAAAUCGUAGAGGUGGAUGGGACCAGCCUGGUGGGCGUCACCCAGAGCUUUGCCGCCUCCGUCCUCAGGAACACAUCAGGAGUGGUUCGGUUCCUGAUUGGUCGAGAGCGUCCUGGCCAGCAGAGCGAGGUGGCCACUCUGAUCCAGCAGACUUUGGAGCAAGAGCGGAGACAGAGGGAGCUGCUGGAGCAGCAGUACGCCCACUACGACGCUGACGAUGAUGAGCAGACCGGCGAGUAUGCCACCGAUGAUGAGGAGACAGGGACGACGGUGGGGGGAGGAGAGAAGAGCAUCGAGGUCUUUGAUUUGCCAGAGACGGAGGACAUCUUGUCUCCAUCGGAACUGGACGCCACCAAACUCUAUCAGAAGUUCCGAGAGCUCCAGAUCAAGCACACAGUGACCGAGGCUGAGAUCCAGAAGCUGAAGAACAAGCUGGCAUCAGUGGAGAGGGAAAAGCAGCGCUGGGAGAAGGAGAAGAGCCAGCUGAAGGCCAGCAUCGAAGAGAACAAGGAGAGAAUGUUAAAACUGGAGAGCUACUGGAUCGAGGCCCAGACCCUCUGCCACACCGUCAACGAACACCUGAAGGAGGCCCAGGCCCAGUACCAGACUCUGGAGAAGAAGUACAACAAAGCCAAGAAGCUCAUCAAGGACUUCCAGCAGAAGGAGGUGGAGUUGAUCCAAAAGGAGGAUGCAGAGAGGAGGCGUUUGGAGGAGGCUGAAAAAUCUCACCUGGCUGAGAUCCAGGGACUUCAAGUCAGGAUUGCAGCAUUAGAGUCUGAGCUGAUGCAGCUGAUGAAGCAGAACGGCAUCCAGGUCAACAACAACAACAACAGCAACAGUGCUGAGAGUGCCCAGCAGAACAGUCCAAUCAGGGCUGCAGCACACGCCAGAUGUGUGUGUUCCCAGUCUCCUGCAAUGUCGAGUCCAUCUCACAGCCUGCAGGAGAACAGACAGGAUCUGGACUCUGGCUCGGUGGAGCCAGCAACAGAAGACUGCCCAGAGAAACUUCAGGCCAAGACCUCCCUCACAUGGCCCCACUUCUUCUCCUAUUCUUAUUACUUGGGACCCACUUUGAACGAGGACCUGAGUGCCAGCAGCAGCAGCUCGGUGGAGAUCAGUGGACUGCUGAAUGAAGCUCAGACAUCGGGACACUCUCACACACUUGUGCUGUCGUCAGAUGAGAGUCUGGAUAUGAUAGAUGAUGAGAUCUUGGAUGAGAGCCAGCUCUCCAAGUAUCAGCUGCAGAACCACAGCAUCACAGAGUGGACCUCCCAGCAAGUUGCCUGCUGGCUCAUGGGCCUUAACUUGGAACACCAUGUCCCACAAUUCACUGCCAAAAAUAUAGACGGAGAGCAGCUGAUACUGCUGGACAGCACUGAACUAAAGGCCCUAGGAGUUGCGUCUUCACAGGAACGUACCCUGAUCAAGAAAAAGAUCAAGGACCUCAGAGUGUUGAUAGAGAAGGCCAAGAGGAACCGUGAGAAGGUGCACAAACAGCGAGAAAAGCUACGGAAGAAGGAGCUGGAGCAGCAACAGAAAGAGGUGGAGUGAAGAAAGUAGAGAGUUCGCCCUUCUCUGUAGCACGCAAACCAGUAGCAUUGAGGAACGGGACCUCAGCAGGCCCCGUAAACGUGGCCUAAGGGAUGCCUACUUAAUCGUUCGGUAUAGUUCUCACUGCUAGAGCUUCACUCUGAAAUAUCUGAUUACUCAGUGACGUAAAUCAAACCAAAAAAGUAAACGAUGGAUAAUAAGAUGCUGCCCCUUCGUCUGCUCCGUCUCACUCUCAUCCCACGAUUUAGUGUUGGAGGACGUUGUUGUAAUUUAUUUUGCAGUUAAUAGCUUGUAAGUCAGAUUUAUUUAUGGUAUUUAGUGUAAAGGCUUAUUCCUCUCUCACCACAAAGUAGCCAUGACUGACCCAUGACCCAACCUUUGGACACAGUGAGACAAAUGCAGAUAUGUCUGAUGUGCCAUUUUGAUAGAUGUAAAUACUGGACAUUGAUUUUUAGGGCUUUGAGCUACACUCUGGCCAGUGUGUGAAAUUUAGCAGUACUCGUCUCACACCACUGGGUGGCCAAAUGCUGCUUAUACUUUUACUACUGAUGAAGGACACUGUAACACGGUGUGGACUACACUGGAAAAGACAUUUGCUGAGACAAAGCUGACAGAGAAAAAUCACGGAGAAUUUGAUUUUGGCGCUGACCAGUUCGGUGCUCUGAACACUACUGUAUACUGUACAUGUACCACAACGACUGCAGUUCUCUGCGAAUUACUGGUGCGGACAUGCUUUAGUAUUAGAACAGCUUCUACUGACGACUUCAGGUACCAAUAUUGUGAAAUUUGUAACUCAUCGACCCAUAUCAUACAAAAAAAUUAAAUGUUCUGCUUAGAUCAUUUUUUUAGAUUAAUUUAAAUUUCAUCUUCUUCAUAAACUACUACAGCCCACUUCAUAUAGUCUUCACACUACAAAAUGAUUCCCCACUGCUGCUGCCUUUAGUACAUUAAGAGUAGUCGACUUUUUCUCAAAUCUAUGAUUGUGUUGUGAAAAACAACAAUUUCCGUCUGAGAUUCAUGCUAAUCAGUGUAAACGACUUAAACUACACUAAAAUGUAAUCAUGAUAUUUAAGAAUGCUGCCAUUCACAGUAUCUGGUGAUUUUUUGCCCACUGCUGAUGCAGGACUAGGUUGAGUCACUGUAAAGAUGACCUGUUUCGCUGAUGACUGCACCUGAAAGACCUCGGUCUACUUGUGAUUUGUUUUUUGUUUUUACUGUAGGAUUAUGAAAUUCUUGAAAGGGCAUUUCAUCUUUAACAUUCCCAGGAAUUUUUGUAUACCAUAGGUUUACAGUAACUUUAGAAACAUAUUGCUGGCUUUGGUUUUAGUCCUCUUUUCUCUUCAGGACCUGGUCAUUAGUUAUAGGUAACAUCAAGAAAAUGUUGUUGUUAAUUUACCUCUGAGACUGGUUUGACUGCUGCUCUGUUCGUAAUAUGUAUUUCUGUAUUUAACAAAGCAACACAUUAUUAUUUGCAUUAACUUAAAUCAGAGUAUUAAUAACACCUAAUAAUAAUAAUAAUUUAAAAAAUCGUAUUAUUACCUUCUCUUGCCAAAACAAAACCUUUAGAAAUGGCACGGUGUGGUUUUGUUGAGACCGAGGAAGGAAAAAAAAUUCACUCUCUUUAUUCUUGCACCUCCAAUACACCUCUCAUAAAUGUCUUAGAAAUAUUUUGUACCACCUGACCCCAUUUGCACCGUCCAUCCUCGGACUCUCUUGGAAGCCCUGUUUUUCUAUCAUGUCCCAGUGUGUGUACUGUAAGCAUCCUGAGGAGGAGAAACUUUCUUCUUUUUUUUUAGUGCUUGACCUUGAGCUUCCCUGGCAUGAUUAAAGAGAACCCCUUGGGUGGCUGAUACUCCACUGCUGCUUGCUAUGUUUUCAGCCAUGUGUGAAAGGGUUUGUUUUCCCUGUGCAUAAAAGAUAAUCCCACUACUAUAGUACAGCCAUGUGCCCACUCUUGUCACUGCCUUGAUUUCUUUUACUUCCCCACCAUUUUGAAAAAGCUGAAAGGGCAGCUACCUGUCACACUGAAUAAAAUGUGCAGUCACUGUCCA